AAAAAAAUGAAGGGAAUAGCCUCAAUCUGGUGUUUUGAAAAGUUAAAACAAAACUCUCAAAUCAUAAACACUGGAGACCAUGUCAGUAGUAUCUGAGAGAGAGAGAGAGAGAGAGUCAAACAUGGCGUUUGAAGAAGAUCCUGAUCUCUAUUGGUUCGUUGAGUUCUGACUGCUGUUUGCACUGUAUGAGACUACGUAGAUAAGUUGGGUACAUAAUUGAUGGAUUUUUCAGACUAUACAAAACUUGUGUUCGACAAAAUCAAGAAACUAGAACCAGAAAAUGCUACAAAGAUUAUAGGGUAUCUUCUUUUACAAGAUCGUGGGGAUCAUGAAAUGGUUAGGUUGGCUUUGGGUCCGGAACCCUUGAUUCUUGAAGUGAUUUUCAAAGCCAAAGCUGAACUACAACGGUUAGCUACCAAGUCCUCACCAUCUCAAAUGUCACCACCCACCAACCCAGUUUUUAGUCCUCUCUCACAUGUUUCUUCAAGGCCGUUUUCAUCACCAACAGCUUUUGGCGUUUCAUCACCUUACUGGGAUCCUCAGCUAGUUAUCAAGCACAGUUCUGAUUUCAUUCCAUCACGGAGCUCGGAUUCUAUUGCUGAACUCCAAAACCAGGCUCAGUUUUUGGGUUCAGAGGAUCCACCUGGCAAUUCUGGAGUCUCAGGAUUUUCAAAUGAUUACCUUUAUCCUGAUGCUGCAAUGGGAAAGUUAAGUGCAAGAACAAGUAGACGAUUUUCAAGCCUACCUGAAGUUCCGAUUAAGACGUGUCACUAUUUCAACAAGGGGUUUUGUAAGCAUGGAAGUAGCUGUAGGUAUUUCCAUGGACAAGCCAUGCCCGAGAGCUUCUCUCAGAUGUAUGGAAAUGAUGCCAUCAAUGAGGACCAAUUUUUCUCGCCUAGGUCGCUUGAGAAGUUAGAAAUAGAAAUAGUUGAGAUUCUAAAAUCAAGAAGAGGGAAUCCUGUUUCAAUUGCUUCUUUGCCUAUGAUAUAUUAUGAGAAAUUUGGAAAAGUUCUUCAGGCAGAAGGGUACCUCACUGAGAGCCAGAGACAUGGUAAAGCUGGUUAUAGUUUGACAAAGCUUCUUGCUCGUUUGAAAAACAGUAUUCGAUUAAUUGACAGGCCUCAUGGGCAGCAUGCAGUAAUUUUGGCAGAAGAUGCUGAAAAAUACAUAGACAAUCGGAAUGAGAAAAGUGACCCUGGUCCAAUUGUCAGUGGAUCACGACAGAUAUAUCUAACAUUUCCGGCUGAAAGCACUUUCACAGAAGAGGAUGUCUCCAAUUACUUCAGCACUUUUGGUAGAGUUGAAGAUGUGAGGAUUCCCUGCCAACAGAAACGGAUGUUUGGGUUUGUAACCUUUGAUAGUGAAGACACGGUGAAAAUUAUUUUGGCAAAAGGAAAUCCGCAUUUUGUUUGUGGAUCUCGCGUUCUUGUGAAACCUUACAGGGAAAAGUCAAAGCUUAAUGACAGGAAAUACUCGGACAGAAUCGAGCCUCAAAUGUACUAUUCUCCGCACUAUGUUAACAUGGAUUCUGAGCUUCAUGCAAUGCCAAGAGGAUAUGAAACCUCUAGGUUGCUGAGAAAGCAGCUUAUUGAAGAGCAAGAACAGGCAUUUGAACUUCAGAGGAUGCGCCUCGCAGGGCUGCACUUGGCACAGAAACCUCCAAUUAAUCAGCCCUACUUUGGCUACUCAAUGGAGGGGUUAAAAGUUUCUGAUGAUCCUUUAAAUUUCCCAUCUGCAGAACGAUUUGAAUAUCUACUGGAUGUUUUGAGCAGUGGUUCUGCUAGCAAUGACAGUAAACACAGGCAUACAGACACCCACACUGACCCAGAGAGCAGUCAAGCUCUUAAUCUCCCUGAAAGCCCAUUUGCAUCUCCAAUAGCUAGCGGCAUUUCAACAGCCAUAUAGAUUCAGCAACACAGAAGAUUAUAGAGAUAAGAGUACUGGUUUAAAGGCAACUUCUUUGGUUUGAUACAAGCUUUUUCCCUUUUACCCUUUUUCGAGUUGUUCGGCAAUCAAUCAAAGUUUUCUGCAAGUAUAUAUGGCCUAACAAAGAAACAAAGGAGGAAUUUCCUCCCUAUUACUUGGAUUGAAGUAGAAAAGAAGAAUAUGAUACAUAGAAGUAUAUGUCAGAAGGCGUUCAACAGUUUCUUAAUUUCAAUCACAGAAAGAAGGCAAGAGAUUUGAGUAUUUA